AUGGCAUCCCCCUGGCUGAGUCUACUGCUGUGGCUCGCUACAUUCAGCGUUGUCGUCGUAGCUCGAGUGCCAGCAAAUGCGGCACUGCGCACUCGAAACAUCCCUGGAACAAGCGAUGCAGAUACCUUAGAUAUAGUAGAAAGAGCUCUGCAUCUUGCCAGACUUCAAUCUCGGGAUAGCAAGUACUCUAUGAACAGGACAUCUCUUGCGAAAAGCUGGGUUGGCGCUACUCUGUUUACAUAUGGUGGGCAAACCAGCAACACUACAUCCAUCGGAUCUCACGGUGCAUCUUCGCAAUACGGCGCCGGCAUUGAAAUCAUUUGUACAACCUGCUAUGUUAAUGGGUCCGUUACUGGUGACUUGACGCUGACCGGCGAUUUCAAUUUUACGCAAGCAAUAGAUGGCGUGAAAGACGAAUUGAAAAACGUCACCGUUACAGCACUUGAUCAAUUUGAGGAGUACGUUGAAGAAUUGGCCAAGGAUAUAGGCAAGGACAUCAUCACUUUCAAUUCUAGUAAUCUGCCCGCCUGGCCCACUCUUGAUGUUGGGUUAGACCUGGAUAAUAUCACCGGUGUGACGGGUGCUUCAAUUCACUUUGAGUUCGAUAACUUGGAGCUGUACUUAGAGCUUGACAUUAAGUUAUCAGCCGGUGCUACGUAUACGUUGAACUUGUAUACAUCCGAGACUGAGGAGGGGUUUUCCGUACCGGGCUACGCCACGAUUGGAGCCGUGUUUAGUGUUGAUUUGAUCCUCAUUGCCUCCGCGGAGAUAGAUAUUGGCACUGGGAUUCAUAUUAAGCUGGACGAUGGACUUGCGUUUGACCUGGAGAUGUUCAAUAGCAAUGUGUCGACUGUUUCAAUUCCCGGUGGUGCCUAUGAAUUCCUACCUGUCACAGUUUCAGGUGAAGGAUCCAUCCAAGCCCUUCUGAGGCUCAAAGCGAGCCUCGGCGUAGAAGUGAACACGCCCGACACAUCUGGAUAUGACUUUGAAUUCAGCGCUGGAAUCGAGACCGAUGUAUUUGCCUACGUCGUCGACUUUUUGAUGCAAGUCAACGGAUCCACGGCCGCUAAGAAUGGUGAUUGCGAGUUGGCUGCCGUCGCAGAAUAUACGUUCGCUGUGGGCGCAGCAGCUGGUGCGACUCUCGCAAUUGAUAAGUCGCAUUCAUGGGGCCCGUCGCCUAACACGACUAUACCGGUAUGGUAUACGACCCUGGCCAGUAUCUGUGCAGCGACAAAGACAGCAACAACAACAACUACUGCUGCUGCUGCUGCUGCUGCUGCUACUACUCCGUUGAUUACCGCUCGUGCAGAACUGGGCCAGCGAGAUAGUGUAUCCUUGACGACGAAGACGUCCACAACAACAUACCAAAUCGUCAAUUGCGUAUCUUCGGGAUUGAUUAAUUGUCCUAUUAAUCUCCAGAAUACAACAACCUACGAAGCCGUUGUGACCUCUGUCCUUGCGGUGCAAUCGGGGUCGACUGUGACGUUGCCGCCGAGUGGUGUUUCGGCUCUUGCGACUGCUAUACCUUUUGGCUCGAAAUCGCACAGAUUGGAUGCGGUAUCUGGGACGCCGACGUCGUAUGUUCCUCCACCACCGCCAACUAGUACGGUUGCCACGGCGUCUUCCACCUCGACAGGGAACAGAGGAGGAGAUGGGAUGGAUGGCAGGGGUGAGAAUAGUGGGCCUAAUGAUAAACUGAUUAUCGGACUCAGCGUGGGGUUGGGAGUGCCUUUCCUAGCGGCUGUAUCGGCGGGACUUUGGUACCUCAUUCGCCACCAUAGGAAGUACGCCGAGGUUUCUCAGCAGGAAAACAUGACACAGAGUCCGGACCUAAGAGAGCAAGACUCCUCUGUUUCACCUGACAUGGAGCAGAAGACUCCUUUGGUGUCUGAAACACAGUCAGAUUGA